UUGAUGCAUACAGGUUGUUCCAGAAAGAUGGCAUCCUUCUAUGAGUAAUAGUGCGUAACAUUGCCCCCCCCGCGAGACUCGGUCUUCCGAGAUCUCUCUUCCAAACCUGACCUUCGUGGUCUUGCUACCCGGGGAGCAUUCCCGCCACCGUCUUCGCUUCCCACCAGACAGUUCAAAUAGACACCGCUUUUCUUUCUUCUUUUGUUCGUCGGUCCGAGUUCCAACCCUCCGCCAUCACGCAUACUAUCCUACCACCCACCGCUCUCCCCGAGAGACCAUGUCGUCUAGCACCGCGUCCACCCCGAACAUCCCGGGAAAGCCUGGAGGUAGCAGCGCUGGUGCGCCGUCACCACAACCAGCACCGCAACCUCCGAGCAAUGUGGCCGGAGGCGAGCCCUCGAGGCGCGCCGGCGGAGGGAGCGGGACAAAUUCUGGAGCUGGCUCGAACGCUCGCAACGGCACGCCGCGCAACAACCAAUCAUCGCGUAAAGGUCACCGGAAUCACCGCAAGCCCGAUUCUGUUGCUUCGGAGGAGAAUAGUUACAUUGGCUACGAUGAGGUGGUGACGUCGCCUGCGACCAAUCGUAAAGGAACUUCUAUCGCGAUCAAUUGGGACUACUCGACCCCGCACCCACGUGCCUACGGCGAAUUCCGUCCACGGACUCAACGGAGAGCUCCAGCUUGGGGGUUGGGCUCUGGUUACCAUGCUGUCGACAAAGCUCGCUAUGUGAACGCCAAUUACCGUUUCAUUGUCAAUCCUCAUGGCGACUACAGAGCUCAAUGCAUCGAUUCGGACGUCCAUUUACCCUGGGACCAUAUCCUUCAGAUCCUCGCGUCGGCCUUGACCCAAUGUCCGAACUGUCCCAUCUGCCUUUCGACGCCCGUGGCUCCUCGAAUGGCGAAAUGCGGUCAUAUAUUCUGUCUGCCUUGUCUAGACAGAUACAUGGCUUCCGCCGAUGGCAACAAACCAGUAGUAAAUAAGCCACGCUACAAGAAGUGUGUGAUCUGUACGGAUAGCGUGUACAUGACCGACAUUCGCCCGGUGCGUUUCUUCACUGGGCGACAGACUGACCCUCCCAAGGAGGGAGAUGAUGUUGUGCUUCGGUUGGUCAUGAGGAUGCCCGGGAGUACUCUCGCCUUGCCUAGGGAUGGCGCUGAUCCACCGUCUGCGCUGGACGAGAUUCCGUGGUAUUUUGCAGAGGAUGUCAUGGACUAUGCCAGAAUCAUGAAAGGAUCGGAGGAUUACAUGAUGAAACAGUUCAACCGCGAAAUUGUGGAGCUUCAGGAGAUGCAGCUAGAGGAUGAGGUGAUGUUCGGAGAGGACGGAAUAUGGGCGAGAAAGGCAAUCGAAACGAUUCGGAUGCAUAUGGAAGCGCUAAUCGGCAUUGGCAACCCACCGCCGUCGAUCGUCCCGCAGCGGGAGAAGGAGAAGCAAAAAGAAAAACGGCCGCCGAUAGUGUUCUCGGAGAACACUGACGACGUACCUCUGAUGUACCAUGUGAUGCACGAGGCUCGCUCCGGUCACUCGUCCUCUUCCCACACGCCGAAACCUGGGCCCCCGGAUGCCGACGACUCGAUUUCUGCUGUCGAACUGUCUUUGUCGCUGAUCGAAUACGAAGAACCACGUCAGCGGACCGCGGGCGCAGGUGCAUCUAGUGAUUCGCCAUAUCUCUUCUACCAAGCCUUGCUGCACCACUACCUCUCGCCUCUCGAUAUCCGAAUCUUGAAGGUGACGUUCGGCUCCUUCGCCAAUUUCCCCUCAACGGUCUUGCCUCGGGUUGAAAACGUCAGCACUGGUCACACGGUAGACGACGACCUCCGUAAGCGCGCCAGAUAUCUCGCGCAUCUUCCAUACGGCUGCGAGGUCACCUUCCUCGAGUGCGAUUGGACCGACAUAGUGCCACUGGAGACUCUGGAGAAGUUCAAGAGUGAUAUCGAACGGCGUAGGAAGAGGAAGCGGGACAAGGAGACUAAGGAGGAGCGCGAUAGGGUUCGGGCCGAGAAAAUUGAGGAAGACGAGAAAUGGUCUACGCUUAGAUAUCGUAGGCGAGAGUCUACUGGCUUCCUCAAAGAAAAGUUCAAAGACGAGGACUUUGUGGCUUUAGGUCACUCUGAGCUUGUCGAUAACGAGGCCGUUGCAGAAACAUCUCCAUCCCAGGCUACCGAGUCAUCCGCGAAUGCCCUGCAUCAACGAACUGUCUGGGGCACCCCUGCUAUCGCCGGUUCCCAGGAGGAGUCAGCACAUCUUACUGAAAACAACAGCGGAUGGUUGCCGGAUUGGGAGAGAGAAUUAUUAUUGGACGAGGAAAUGAUGGCGCAAAUAGAGAUGGAGGGGUCAAUGGGCAACGGUGGUGGCAGUGGUUCCGGUGGACGUGCUCCAAGCCACGGAAAGGGUCAGAAGAAGAAGAAGUUCAAGAAGGUCACUCUCAUGACCAAUGGCGGUAAACGCGGUGCUUGAACUGUUUGUCUCUCUGCGUGUUAUAAGAUCUCUGGCCAUUUCUCCGUUUGUGCCGUUUACCUCAACCGCAUGCAAUACUCACUUUUUGUAAAAUAGAAACUGGAUGGCAAAGUUGCUCUCCUGUUGGGGGUGAAUACGGUGUUGGGUGGGUUGUUUGUUUAGUUAUUUCGAGAUGACAGGUAUCUGCUUUGGCAAUAUAUGCGACUCUGUACUCUUUCUGACUGCGGGUG